AUGAGUAACACGGACUUUUUGGGGCGGGCUAUUGACACGGUCAAGAAGGCGAUCGAGAAUGAUAAUGAAGGCGAAUACGAGAAGGCUUACCAGCUCUACUACUCCGCCUUGGAGUUGUUCAUGCUGGCCCUCAAAUGGGAGAAGAAUCCGCGCUCGAAGGAGAUGAUCCGCGCGAAAACCGGCGAGUAUAUGGAUCGCGCGGAAAAGCUGAAGAAUCAUUUGGCCUCAGGGGAUCGAAAGAAACCCAGCGCGGUGGGCGCGAACGGGAAGGUUGCGCAAGGAAGUGGGAAAGGAGGGAAGGAUGAAGACGACAAUGGCGAAGAUGCUGAAUCCAAAAAGCUACGCUCGGCUCUGCAAGGUGCCAUCUUGUCCGAUAAACCGAAUGUUAAGUGGGAGGAUGUUGCUGGUCUGGAAAGCGCAAAAGAAGCUCUGAAAGAAGCAGUCAUUCUUCCUAUCAAGUUUCCGCACCUGUUUACGGGAAAGCGACAGCCGUGGAAGGGUAUUUUGCUUUACGGUCCCCCCGGCACGGGAAAGUCCUAUCUAGCCAAGGCUGUCGCUACGGAAGCCAAUAGUACGUUUUUCAGCGUGAGCAGUAGUGACCUGGUAUCCAAAUGGAUGGGUGAAAGUGAAAGACUUGUCAAACAACUUUUCAACAUGGCUCGCGAGAACAAGCCAGCGAUCAUUUUCAUCGACGAAGUUGAUGCACUAUGUGGACCACGUGGCGAGGGGGAAUCCGAGGCAUCUCGUCGUAUCAAAACAGAAUUGCUUGUUCAAAUGGAUGGUGUUGGGAAGGACUCUAAGGGCGUUCUGAUUCUAGGUGCAACCAACAUUCCUUGGCAGCUGGAUGCUGCCAUUCGACGACGAUUCCAACGACGAGUUCACAUCAGCUUGCCCGACUUCAAUGCACGGAUGAAGAUGUUCAUGCUGGCUGUGGGCUCGACACCGUGUCACAUGACUCAGGCUGAUUAUCGAACAUUGGCUGAGAUGAGCGAUGGCUACUCCGGUAGCGAUAUCAGCAUUGCGGUGCAAGAUGCUCUGAUGCAGCCAAUCCGUAAGAUUCAGACAGCAACACACUAUAAAAAGGUCUCGGUUGAUGGCGCCGAGAAACUCACCCCCUGCUCUCCAGGCGACGCUGGAGCAGUGGAAAUGACCUGGCUCAGCGUUGAAGCAGAGCAGCUUCUCGAGCCUCCACUUGUUCUAAAAGACUUUAUCAAAGCCGUUCGCAAUUCCCGACCUACCGUUAGCCAGGAAGAUCUUCAAAGAAACUCGGAGUGGACCAAAGAAUUUGGCAGUGAAGGGGCAUAA